AGAGCAGAGGGCUGCGGCAGGCAGAACCUGGCUCUGGCUCCCAGAGUUAUGGGGGCCACACCCACCUGCUUCUCUCCCAGAUCCCCCCCUCUCCUGGACAGUGACCAGCAGAGCUCUACCACAGGCAGGCCCUGAGUGGGCCACACCCACAGCAUCCAGCCCCAGAGGAGGACCAGAGGCUGUCCACACCCUGGCGUCCCAGGGGCACUGAAGGGCCACCCUCAGCUCCACACUCAGCCUGGCCUUGCCCAUCAUUCAGAGGGACAUCCUCUGAAAGGCAAGAACGUAGGCCCGUGAUACCGGCAGCUCAAGCAUGCUGGAGUUCAAGUUUUGAUAGUCUGCUUUCUGUUGCCAACAGCACACAACAGACUGGGCGAGUUAUCGAGGAAAGGGCUUCACUUUGCCUGGAGGUUCUGGUCCACGGUCCAGGGCUAUAUCUGAUGAUAGCUGCUGCCUUUUACUUUUUGCUUUUGUUUUUUUGGGUUUUUUUGAGACAGGGUCUCACUAUGUAGUUCAGGCUGGCCUUGAACUCACCAUGUAGGCCAGCCUGGCCUCAAACACACAGAGAUCCUCCUGCCUCAGCCUCCCAAGUGCUGAGAUUAUAGACAUGUGCCACCAACCCAGCUGGCGAUGGCCACCUUGCUGGCAGUCUGGAGGUGGCACAGGCAUCACAUGUCCAGAGACAGCACACGUGUGUCUGUCUUCCAACCCCUCUCUCUUUAUAAAGCCUCUAGCAUUUAAUAGUGGGCCCUUAUCAAACCCUCACCUCCUCCCACUCCUGAACACCGACACAGUAAGUUUCCACUUUAAUGCCUCCCAGUGGAAAUUAAGACUCCCCAGCAUAGAGAGCAGACCACGAUCAAACCGCAGCAGUCGGCCAGGGGUAUCACCCAGUCAGGGACCCGUCUCCUCUGAGUCUGUGACUCACUGUGCUGGGGCCCACACCAAAUCCACCUCAUGGUUGCACUUGGCUGCAGCAGCCCAACCAUUGUUGUCUUCAUGCCAUUUAAUAGGAAGAAUAAAGGAGGAGGAGGGCAGUUCGGCCACCAUUCCUGCUUAUACACUGUGAGCCAAAACUAGGCCCCAUCACACAUUUACUGUAAAGACUUCCAGGAAGGCAGCCUUCGUCUGUACUGCCAUGUGUCAUCCCAUUAAAACCCUGGGCAUCUAUAUGUGAGGGAGAAAGGGGAGCCAGUACUGGGGGUCAGCAGGUAGGCUCUGCUCGGCCAGGCACCCAGCUGGAUCCCCAAGAGCUAAGGGAGGUGGGCAGACCGUGCCCACAGCAGGUCCUUCCAGUCCCUUGAGGGCAGGGCCUGAGGUGGCAGGCGUGCACUCGGGUUCUGACUGCCUGGGAAAUGACGGGGGAGGAGCGUGUCCACGUCUGGCAGUGUGCACCGAGGUCUGGUGGUGGCCCCAGGUCCCAACCCACAAGGCGGAAUGUGGCUGUUUGGAGGCAACUGAGGGUAAAUGAGGUUUCGGGGUGCCGCCUCGGGGACACGGGAAAGCCAGCCUCUGCGGUCGGAAGGAAGAGGCCUUAACCAGCCUGGUCUGUCCCUGGUGCCGUCACAGCGGCGUGGCAGGACACCCAAAGCAGGUCAGGGUGUCCUGUGGAGCCCAAAUCUUCCCCUCCUGGGGUUAGAAUGCAGAGGGCUGUGAGGCCCGGCAGGCAGGACAAGGUCAGCAGAAAGAGUGGAAAGAGACGUCCAGCUGUGGCACUGUGGGUGUCAGCCUGGUCACCCAGGGUGCAGACUCUGAAAUAAAGGCCUACAAACAAAGACCUAUUGGGGAGGCUCCUCCCAGUGCUCUGUGGAACUGGUGGGGCAGGGGAGGGGAUGCGGACGGUGCAGGGUCCCACGCGGAGCCAUCACCUCUGCCAAGGAGAGGGGCCCAGGUCCCAGCAGAGCUCCUGUGCAGCUUGAGGCCACGACAUGGCCCACUCCACGAGCAAACAGCCAGAGCGACCCUGAGGCCACAGGGGCCGGAAUCCAGGGUUCCUGGCCUUGAGAACCCGGUCCAUCACAAUGGGCCAAAAUUCUAGGGACAACCUGUUCUGAGGAGCAGGCAGCCCACAGGGAAGGUGAGGGGUGCACAGGGCCUCCCCAGGGAUCCUGCGGGCCACCAUGAAGGUGCACAAGGAGGCAAACACGGAGGGACAAGUACAGGAGCUGAAGACCAUCACUCGGCUCCAGGAGCAAUGUCGGGCGCUCCAGACCCAGGGGAUGAAGGAGAAGACGGCGCAGAACAAGGCGACGCUGGGCCUACUGCGCAGCAACAUCCGCCGAGGGGCCCACGAGUGGGCUUCGGCCAAGAAGUACGACCAGCGCGCCAUCGCCAAGGCCUGCGGGAAGGACGUGCCCCUGAGGCUAGCGCACGGCCGCAGCACUAUGGAGGUGGCGCGGGAGAAGCUGCGCAAGUACGUCUUCGACCGCGUGAACGUGCACAACGCGCUGAUCCACUCGGUGCGGCGGCGUGGAGAGCGGCUGGAGAGCUUGCAGCUGGAGCUUACGCGCCUGCGAAGCCAGCCCGAGGCCACCAAGGAGGAGGCGCGGCUGCUGCAGGUCAUCCGCCAGCUGGAGAACAGCAUCGAAAAGACGAACAUCAAGAUCACCACCAGCCAGAACAUCCGCCUGCUGUACGUGGACCUCCUGGAGUACCUGAAGAAGGUGCUGGCAGGGUACCCUGUGGUGCUGGGCAAGCUGCAGAACCGGGUGGUCAGCUCCAGCGCGGAGGCGUCUGACAUGACGGUCCUGUCCCAAGACGCCGUGAUGAUUACGGACCAGGUCAAGAGGAACAUGAGGCAAGGGGAAGUGACCUUCAUCAAGGAACGCAGGGCACGGGAGAACCGGCUCACCCAGCAUAAGCAGCUCAUCGACAAGAUCCACACCAAGGAGGCCAGCGAGAAGCUCUGCCGGGGCCACAGGGACCUGGACUUCCCCAAGAGCAGUAUGAGUACAGACUUCCUGAUGAAGAGAAAAGAGGCCUCUGAAAUGGACACCCAAUACCAGGCCACUGUGACUGCCCUGGUGGACAGGGUCAAGUCUGCUGUACAGUGCUCCCACCUCUGGGACAUCGCUGGCCGCUUCCUGGCCCAGAAGAACACCGAGGAGAACCUGCAGCUGCGAAUGGAAGACUGUGAGGACCAGCGGGCGCAGCUGGGGGCCCUGAUAAAGAAGCUGCAGCUCGAGGAGGCGCUGCUCAAGUUCGGCCAGACACCCAGCUCCAUCAGCUUUAAGUCCAUUGAGGAAAAGAUGAGCAACAUGCUGAAAGAGGAGGAGGCAAGGCUCCAGCUGGCCCACAGCAACAUGACCAAGAGCCAGCAGCUGCUGCUGACCGUCCAGACAGGCAUAGAUAACCUCUACAUCCAGCUCAUUGGCAUCACCGUGCCUGGCAGCCAGAAAGAACCAAUGCCCUCUGACAUCUUUGAUGUGCACGGCAAACUGGCCUGCUGCGAGAGAAAACUCACAUACCUGGCUGAUGGACUGCAGGCGCUGUCCAGGACCGAGGAGAUCAGCACCAAGGUGAAGGAUGCCCUGGAAUCCUCGAUGCUAAAGGAGAGAUACAACACCAGGAUCGCCUUUGAGGACCUGGAGGAGGACAUGAUAGAAAGCUUCCAGUUUGCCCACAUGGACCACAGCUACAUCCUUUCGCGGGCCGAGAUCAAGAAGCAAGCCCAGGGGUUGAUGGAGGGCAAACUCAAGGUGCCCAAGAAGAAGAAGAAAUAG